UCUGGACUGCAGAGAGCAUGGACAUCGACACAGUUAAUGCUCUUCCUUACGAGGAUUUCGUGGAUCUUUUGGGCAACGUGGUGGAGAGAUGUCCCCUCAUACCAGCUGCUGUGUGGUCGGGACGACCUUUCUCCAACUUAACGGCUCUGGAGGCUGCGAUCAGUGGAUUCAUAGAUGCUCUGCCAGAAGCAGGUAAAGAGGGGGUCCUCAGGUGCCACCCUGACCUCGCGGGCAGGGACCUCCAGAGCGGCUCUUUGACUCGUGAAUCUCGCGAGGAGCAGGCAGGAGCCGGGAUGCACGCGCUGGACUCCGCAGAAGCCUCGCGCAUGGCCCUGCUCAACGAGGACUACAAACAGAGACUCGGGUUCCCGUUCGUCAUCUGCGCGCGGAUGAGCGACAAGGCCAACAUCUUACGGGAACUGUCCGCGCGCUGCCGGAACGAGCGCGCCGAGGAGAGGGCGCGAGGCAUCGAGGAGGUGAAGAAGAUAUGUCACCUGCGCCUCCAGGCCCUCGUGCUCCACUGACCCCUCAACCACUGCAUGCUGUGCAGGUGUAAUCACCCGGAUGUAAAGACCAGCAUUGUCCCAGGCUGUAGGCUGCGUGAUACUUGCUUUAUUACAAAGGUGUGUUAUUCAUGUGUCAUCUUCAAAACAAUAAAAUAUGUCU